AUGAAAUGUACAAAGCUUUGUCUUCAAGAUAGAUCAAAAUUAAAACCAUCAAAAAGUGAGAGGUCGGGACGAUUUUGUGAAAAACGGAUGGUGGACCCCGGACAUGAAGAAGAUCCGCGAUGGAGUGAUAAAAUGUUUUAUUGCAGUGAUGUUGAUAUCAAUGAAAAAAAUGAGAAAAGCAGGUUACAGAGCGGAAACGAACUAGUUCUUACCGUACAAAACAUACAAUUUAAAGGAAACGUCGAACAAAAGAAAAGACCGCGGACUGGUUUCAAAUACAAAUCAUUGCCAGCUAACUAUAAGCAUAGAAUGUUUGUGAGAGAAAAUGUCGAAGACUUAGAUCAAAAUGCUGAUUGCUACUCCGAGCUCAGCAAUUAUUUUGAUAAUUAUGCUAAAUACUUCACAAAUUGCAAUUCUAGGCCAACUUCCAGCAAAUCUAGUUUAAUUUUAAACGAUUUCAUUGAUAGACAUACUGAAAAUAAAGCUGUUCAAGUAGACAUGGGGUGCAAAACAAAAAAGAAACAAAAGUUUCAAUUAAAGACUAAUAAACUCCAAAAACAUAAAACUUACCACGAAAAUAACUUCAAAAUUGUAGAAAGCGAUGAUGAUACAAAGGUAUUAUAUCAUAAGAAUAGCAAGCGCAAAAGUCUUACGAUUACCAGGAAUGAGAGCCCUGCAACCCUCCAAAUAAUAAGAGUGGAUGUUGUUUGUAGUUAUAGCAGCAGUUCAACUAUGUCUGAUUAUGAUGAAGGUAAAAAAAUAUCAUCCAAUGACCCGAAACAAAAUAUAACUACCAAUACAAAAUCACAUCUAGCCAAUAAAUAUAUGUUGACAAAUUCAGUAAAAACUUUGGAUGAGAAUAUUUCAAGUGGAAAGGUCACCUUAUUGUGUAAAACAUUUAAAUUAAGUGAUAGAUCGAAAACAUUAUACAAUAAAAAUUCUAAGAUAUAA